GUGUGAGUGUGAGUGUGUGAGAGAUAACACAUGGAGUUUACUGUGUGGAAUAAAGUUUUUAUCUUCAUCCUGUUUCAGUUCCUGGAUUUAACACACUGCUCUGGACAGAACAACGGCGACUGGGGACUGGACUCCAGCCUCGCUGAUGAAGGGAGCUGCAACAUCGAUGUCAGAGAUGCAACAACAAUCUCUCACACACAGUUUCUACAGGAAUACGCCUACACUAAGCCUGUAAUACUAAGAGGAGUUACAGAUAACACAAAAUUUCAGUUCCUGUGUUCCAAGACGAAUCUGCUUAGAAAUUACCGAAACAAAACAGUCCGGUUGAGCACGGCCAACACACACUCCUACAGGAAAGUGGAUGUGCGUUUCGAAGAGUUUGUGACGUUGCUGUUGACACCUCAACCUGAAGACACCCUGGGCAGCGAUACACUGUACUUCUUUGGUGAUAAUAACUUCACUGAAUGGAAUUCUCUGUUUGAGAAUUAUAACGCUCCACCUUACAGCCUGCCACACACCAGCCCAGCGUACAGCUUUGGCAUAGCAGGUCCAGGUACCGGUGUUCCUUUCCACUGGCAUGGUCCGGGAUACUCCGAGGUCAUUUAUGGUAGAAAGCGUUGGUUCCUGUAUCCUCCUGAUCAGGCCCCAGAGUUCCACCCCAAUCACACCACCCUGGCAUGGAUCGCACACUCAUACCCUAACCUGGAGGAAAACAACACACCAUUGGAGUGUACCAUCAGACCAGGAGAGGUGCUGUAUUUCCCAGAUCGAUGGUGGCACGCUACUCUGAAUCUUGACACCAGUGUUUUCAUCUCCACUUUCCUGGGUUGAAGACUAUCCAUCAUCAUCUUCAUCAUCAUCAUCAUCCAGUAAGGACCAAUCAGAUCUUCUCCCUCAGUGACAUCAUUUCCUACCAUCAGCGCUUCUCCUUCAGUGAGACUGGACCAAAAAACAACCAAUGGACCGUUCAUGAUCCUCGUGUCUGAACUACUGGACCAAUCAGAUCAGAUCAGGAAGUGAAUCGUUCUCCCUGUAGUUCUGUAUGUUGUACACAACAGAAACCGUCACAAUCUGGUGAAGCUUUUUAAAAUCUGAUUUGUUACGUUAUUAAUAAACAUGAAGCUUUUACA